CCGGUAGGUGGGUCCAGUGCUGAUCCAUCCAAGACGUCCGCGCAGACCUGCGACAAAUGUUCCGUGGAUGCAGUUUUUGCUCUCCCUGGCGGGGUCCUUGGCCCCCCUGCAGAGGUGCGGGACCCCACCGUGCUCUGGGCACUCCGGCUACUUCGCGCCCGGCGACGCCUCCGGGGCACCCCGGCCCGCGAGCCUCGGCCUGAAGGCGGGGCUCGCCGGCGCGGGGGGCGGCACCACGACUCCGAGCACGGCGUGCCCAGGCAGCUCUCUGCAUGUCCCCGCGAGCAGACCAUUGCGGCCUCCUGCCGUAGGGCCAGAUCGCGACGCCGCCACGACACCAGGCACCCUGAGCCCCGGCAUCAUGAGUCCAGGAUCGGGCUCGCGGACGCCCCCGCAGCACGUGUUCACGCGGGAGGUUGGCAUGGGCGAGCAGAUGUGGCCAGGCGACGAGCUCAUGCGGCAGACCCGCAGGGCCGGCGCGCGGGAGCUGCCGAGCACGCAGGAGGUGAUGCGCGAAGCGUUGCGCACCUUGAGCAUGUCGGCGAUGCACAGUGACAAGUCGACGGAUGUGCGGGAGCAGCAGACGGUCUUGCGCGAGGUGUGGCACAACGAGACCGUGGAGAAGAAGGUCGAGGUGCCCAUGAUCCAGCUCCAUGAGCAGAUUGUGGAGAUCCCUGCCAUUCUCAAGCGCGAGCAAAUCAGGGAGAUCACCGAGGUGAGACAGGUCGAAAUCGCCAGAGAGGUGCUCAAGAUCGACUACCAGGAGAAAGAGGUGAUGGUGGAGCGGCUCGUGCCGGAGGAGAACCAGAGGAUCGUCGAGGUGGAGUGCGAGCUGCUCGAGGAGAGUGUCGUGGAGGUGCCCGAGGCCGGCUCUGGCCCGGCGGGCGUGGAGCAGGCGGCGCAGGCGGCGCUCGCGCCGGCGCCGCGGCAGCCGCUCCCCGCCGGGCUCGCGGCGAUGCCCCUGGCCAGCGCAGCGCCCGGCCUCGGCGAGGACGACUACCCGGGCUUCCCCGCGGACGACUGCCCCGGCGAGCUCCCCGACCUCUCGCAGCACCACAGCGCCACCGCGCAGGUCCUGAGGGCCCGGCCGGACAUCUUCGCGCAGCUUCGGGGGCGCCGCACGAAGCUCGGGGUCGGGCUCGCGAGGUGCAUCAAGACGGGCAUGGACAAUCGCGGCCACCAGCUGGUGCGGAGCCUGGGCGCCGUCGCGGGCGACGCCGAGUGCUACGACACCUUCGCGCCUCUCUUCGACGCGCUCCUGCGCGAUCAUUACGGCUGCGGCGGCGGCGAGCUUCCUUCGGCGCCGCCCUUGAUGAGCGCAGGCGUGCCGAGCGGGCUGACCUCGCUGCGGCCUGACCCCUCUGGGAAGUACGUGCUGUCCGCCCAGGUGACCGCGGCGCGCUGCCUCGCCGGGGCUCGCUUCCCGCCGGCCGCCCUCCCCGAGGACAGGCGCCAGGUGGAAGAGGACCUCGUCGGCGCCUUGCUCGAGAUGACGGGCCCCCUCAAGGGGGAGUACUACCCGCUCGAUGGCUCGAGCAGCUACGCCUCGAAGCCUUCGGGCAUGUCUCCAGCGGAAGCGGAGGAGCUGUCGCAGGCCGGGCUGCUCUUCGGCCCGCCCGACUCCACCGCGGCCCUGUGCAGCGGCGUGGGCCGAGGCUGGCCCGACGCUCGCGGGGUCUUCGCGAGCAGCUCCUCCGGCCUCUCCGCGUGGAUCAACGAGGAGGAGCACCUCCGCAUCUCCUCGGUGCGGCAGGGCGCCGCUCUGCAGGACGCAUUCCGCGAGCUCGCGGCGGCGCUGGAGGCCGUGGAGGCCUCGCUGGCUCGGCGCGGCGGCCAGCAGUUCGCGCGCAGCGACCGCCUGGGGUACCUCACCGCCAACCCCGUGAACGCGGGCACCGGCCUGAGGGCGAGCGUCGUGCUGAGGCUGCCGCUGCUCACCGCCGACCGCGGCCACAGGGGCGCCCUGAGCAGCUGGUGCGCGGCCGAGCGGCUGUACGCCCGGGGCGCGCUGUGCCAGGGCGGCUCUGUGCUGCCGGGCGUGCUGGAGCUCUCCACCAGGGACCGCCUGGGGGUCUCCGACGUCGAGGCGGUGAACCGCGCGGUGGAGGCGGCGGCCGAGCUGGUCCGCGCCGAGCGGCGGCUGGAGGCGGGGCAGGCCCUGGACCUCCACGCGCUGCCCCGCGAGGGCGAGGUGGUGCUCUCCGCCAGCCCCAGCCCGCCCGCCGGGAGCUGGGAGCUGGCCGGCGGCGAGCUGGGCCGCCUCUUCGCGCUGGCGCUCUGCGGCGAGGAGCCCGCGGCCGCCCCCGCCGUGGCGCUCGUGGCGCCCGCGGCGCAGGAGCAGGUGUCCCGCGCGCCUCCGGCGGCGUGCGGCGCCGCCCUGGUUGCCACCCCGCCGCUCGAGGCGAAGCCGGCGGGUGCCCGCCCGGCCGCGCACGGCAGGGUGGCGGCGCAGGAAAGGCCGCAGGCGGCUGCGCCUGCGCCCGCGAGUCGGGAGGGCGCCAAGGACGCGGGCUGCCUGCGCCGGGAGCUCCGCGCCCUGCUGGUGCAGAAG